AGUAUCUCUACACCCCUCAUUAAAUUCACUUUAUUUAAAUCCCAAAUUUCAUCAUCAUCAUCAUCAUCAUCAACAUCACACACCUGCAAUUUCCGAUCUGCUAUAUCAAAACCCUAACGAAACUCUAGCUCACGUAAUGGCGACGGAAGAACCGAUUGUUGCGACUGAGCCUACUGUGGCGGAGCCGGCCGCCGCCGGCGACACGGCGACGGAAGCUCCUCCGGCUGAAACCGAGGCUAAGGAUGCGAAAGUGAAGAAGACGAAGAAAGCUUCUGCUCCACGAAAAGCUAAAAAACCUGCUCUACAUCCUCCGUACUUUGAGAUGAUUAAGGAAGCGAUUGUGACGUUGAAGGAGAGAAAUGGAUCGAGUCAGUAUGCGAUAGCUAAGUUUAUCGAAGAGAAGCAGAAGAAUCUUCCGGCGAGUUUUAAGAAGACGUUGUUGACUCAAUUGAAGAAGUUUGUUGCCGGAGGUAAGCUGGUCAAAGUCAAAGCUUCUUACAAGCUACCAGCGGCUAAAUCUGCUAGUGCAUCAGCUCCGGCGAAGAAGAAGCCAGCUGCGAAGAAGAAAGCACCGGCUAAGAAGAAGGUAGCCGCAGCUUCCAAACCUAAGGCUGCAGCUAAGCCGAAAGCCAAAGCUCCAGCUAAAGCCAAGCCGGCUGCAAAAGCUAAGCCAGCUGCGAAGGCUAAACCGGCUGCAAAGGCAAAGCCGGCUGCGAAAGCUAAACCGGCUGCAAAGGCUAAGCCGGUUGUGAAGGCGAAACCAGCUGCUAAGCCGAAAGCGGCAGCAGCUCCUGCGAAGAAGAAGGCAGCUGCGAAGCCGGCGGCUAAGGCUGCAAAGACUUCUACUAGAACGUCACCGGGGAAGAAAGCUGCGGUGAAGAAGACACCGGCUAAGAAGGCGGCGCCGGUGGCUAAGAAAGCAGCGGCUGCGCCGAAGAGAGGUGGGGCCACCACAAGAAAAGGGAAGAAGUGAUGAGAAUGAGAUGUUUGUUUGUUUGUAGGGAUUCAGUUGUAAAGUUUGAUUUGUGGGUUUAUUGUACCCAUGAAAAUUUAUAGAGUUUGCAUUAUCUUAUCAUGUUUUCAUAUAAUC